AUGAGCUAUUCGAAAGUUCCUUUGAUAUGGAUCGACUGUGAGAUGACGGGAUUGAACUACGAAAAACAGACGCUUGUUGAAAUCGCUGCUAUUGUAACAGAUGCUGAUUUGAAUGUAAUAUCUGAAGGACCAAACAUUGUCAUUCAUCAAGAUGAUAAAACGUUGGAUGCUAUGGAUGACUGGUGCAAGAAAACAUUUGCUGAAAACGGCUUAUUGGAAAGAAUAAAAUCAAGCACUGUUUCCAUGCAAGAAGCCGAGAACCAGGUGCUAUCAUUCGUAGAAGAACAUACUAAAAGAGGACAAUGCCCACUUGCCGGAAACUCCAUUUACAUGGAUAAGCUUUUCAUUCAGAAAUACAUGCCGCGUUUAGCUAAUCAUUUUCAUUAUCGUUUAGUUGACGUAAGCACCAUAAAAGAACUCUCUCGUCGUUGGUAUCCUCACGAGUUGAAAUCAGCACCGGCUAAAGCCAUGACUCACAGAGCACUGGAUGACAUCCGGGAAAGUAUUAAUGAACUAAAAUAUUAUCGUACUUCUGUUUUCAAACCAUAA